AACAAAAAAAUAGAGAAGAUACAAAAUUGUCAUCAAAUAUGUUUUAUUUAUAAUCAUUAAUUAUCACAUAUAUGUUAAUCAUAUUAAGUAAUUCUGUAGCUUUUAUUUAAGAAAUGAAUUAAGAAUAUUUUUUUGUACACUAACCAAUUUGAUAAUUAGUUUAAUAAAAAAAUAUAAUAUUUAUUUAUUUAAACCAACUUAUUUUUCUAAAGAUUUGAAGAAUCAGUGAUGACAUUUACCCGAUUCUUCUCUGAUAUAUUAAUAAAAAGUAUAGUAUAUAUAUAUUUACAUGAACCAAUCUUCCAUCAAAAUUCUUCUCUGAUACAGGAUCUCUAGUUUCUAAAUUUUGACCCUAUACGUGUAGUGUCGUACUCAUAUCUCUCUAGCUCUCUCUCUUCUACGUUUAUGGCAGCGUUAGAGACUGUAGGGCAGUGACAAUUCCACCACUUGCGUGUGUAAGCGGAGAUAGAAUCUUAAAGGGAUCUUAAAAGUAUCUCCCUUUCUUCUUACCCAUCUCUCUCUCUAUUAAUGUUUGGGACUCUCGCUUCCGGAGAACUCGAAACCGCCAGAUUGAGGCGUGAUUUAGGGUUUUCAUGCGGUGGUAUAAGAAUGGAAGGCGAGCAGACGCAGAAACUCGUUGUGGGGUAUGCUCUGACUCCCAAGAAGAAAAAGAGUUUCUUGCAGCCCAAGCUUGAAGUCCUGGCUAGGAGAAAAGGCAUUUGCUUUGUCCCCAUUGAUUUGAACCGUCCACUCUCUGAACAAGGGCCAUUUGAUGUCGUUUUGCAUAAGUUGCUAGGAAAAGAGUGGCAAGAUGUUAUUGAGGAUUACCAGCAAAAACACCCGGAAGUGACUGUGCUUGAUCCUCCAGGUGCAAUACAACGUAUACAUAAUCGACAAUCGAUGCUUGAGGGUUUGGCAGAUUUGAACCUGUCUGAUUGCAGUGGCAGCAUUUUUGUUCCAAAGCAAAUGGUUGUCUUGAAAGAUUCAGCAUCUAGUGCUGAUAGAGCCGUAGAAGCUGGUCUUAAAUUUCCAUUAGUUGCAAAGCCACUCUGGAUCGACGGAACUGCAAAGUCACAUCAGUUGUUCUUAGCUUAUGACAGGCGCUCGCUUGCAGAACUUGAUCCACCUUUGGUCCUGCAAGAGUUUGUUAAUCAUGGUGGAGUUAUGUUCAAGGUUUUUGUGGUGGGUGAUACUAUAAAAGUUGUGAGACGAUUCUCUCUACCGAAUAUUAGUAAUUGUGAAAAAGGCAAAGUUGAUGGCGUCUUCCAGUUCCCAAGGGUUUCAUCUGCUGCUGCUUCAGCCGAUAACGCUGACUUGGACCCUAGUGUUGCUGAGCUACCUCCAAAGCCUUUCCUAGAGGCCCUUGCAAAAGAGCUACGAAUCUUAUUGAGACUUCGGCUUUUCAACAUAGACAUGAUCAGGGAACAUGGGAGCAAGAACGUGUUUUAUGUUAUUGACAUCAAUUAUUUUCCUGGUUAUGCAAAGAUGCCAGAUUAUGAGCAAGUUUUUGUAGAUUUCUUCCACGAUAUGGCGCAAGCCAAACAGAAGAAGAGACAUUGUAAAUGAAGAGCCUCUGAACUCAUGCAAGGAGCUGUGAGAAAAGUAUAAUGACUAAACUAAUGAUGGAUUUGUACAGAAUUAGCUCUCAUCCCUUUUGGAAGCUUUAUGAGAUGACAAGUUUUGAUUAGUGAUUCUGAGUAUUUUUUCAACAACUCAAAACGUUUUAGAGAAGUUGCUAAGGAUUCGAAAAAAAAAAAAGAAAAAAAAAUUGCUAUAGGAUUCAUUUUACCACAAAAAGUCAUCAUCAAUAUUAGGCCUUACUCCUUAGCAA